GAAAGGAGAGCCUGAUCUUGCUAGUAUACAUUUUAUACAGUAAAAGUACAGUAAGUGUCCCUCGGUGCGACUUUAGUUGUCCUUAGUCUCUGUACGUUGGUCGUUGUUAUGAGCCUUCCAACACUGUUUGAAUUGCUCCAUCUAUGAUACUGUCAGUUCAGGUCUAUGACAACAUAAAGAGCAAUGUGAUAAAGGAUCUCGAAAUAAAUAAAAUAGAUAGAAUUGGAUUGGAUUGGAUUGGAUUUUUGACACUCACUUCUGCCGCACAUGCGCGCCAAUCCUUCUUUUCAAAGUAGCAGUCCGUCAUUUUUGCGUUCUCAUCUGAAUUGGUGAUGCCUGUUAGCAAGCCCUUUUCUCAACAAAACGAUUGAUGAGCGGGUAGUUGAGGUGUAGACAUAUAGAACCUCGUAGAGGUCAUGUAUCUUCCUUUAUAGUUUGCAAUUGAUUUUGUAUGAAAGCAGAGACUCACCCGCGCAUCCAGUGCUAAAGAUCCGCUUGUCCCUUCAUCAGCGGUUAGCAAAGGCCUCGGCUUUCGGUGUCCCAACGGAAAAGAGCGCUCACUCACCAUUCAUCGGGCUCAUCGUCGUCUUCUUGUGUGCUCUGCUGAGCGUUACUCUCUUCUUUUGUCAUAAUUUCGACUGGUCUCUUGUUGGAAAAUUGUGGUGAUUGAGUCUUGCGUGUUAUCGUUGAAAGAGGUUAAAGGUGGUUCGAGGCGGAGAUUUGGUUGAGGCGAGAUCCAGCAAAAGUCAAGUGUCAAGACCACACGAAAAACUACGAUAUCAGCAGGAUCAGCCAUAUACGAACCAUGGCGCCAGCAAAGCUCAAUGUGCUUGUUUACACAGGCAUUGGCACCACAGUUGAGUCAGUGCGGCAUUGUAUCUGGUCCCUCCGCCGUCUUCUCGGCCCCAACUACGCCGUCAUUCCCAUUACAGAGAACAUCAUCCUCAAAGAACCAUGGCAAGCAACAUGCGCGCUCCUCGUCUUUCCAGGCGGUGGCGAUCUCGGCUACUGCCAGGCACUGAAUGGUGAGGGAAAUCGUCGUAUCGGCGACUAUGUUCGCCGAGGAGGCUCUUAUCUAGGCUUCUGUGCUGGGGGCUACUACGGGACACAGAAGUGUGAGUUCGAGGUGGGAAACAAGUCCAUGGAGGUUGUUGGACGAAGAGAGCUAGGGUUCUUCCCGGGGACCUGUCGAGGUGGUGCGUUCAAAGGCUUUGAGUAUCGGAGUGAAACGGGAGCGAGGGCUGUGCGUUUGACGGUACCAAAGGGUGCCUUUGAACAGGAGGUUGCGUCUGAAAUCAUAUCUUACUAUAACGGAGGAGGUGUUUUUGUUGAUGCUCCUUCGGUCAAGGACAGAAAGGUCGAGGUUCUCGCUACUUACGAUGAGGAGCUUGAUGUCGACGGUGGCGAUGGAAAAGCAGCAGUUAUUCUUUGCACAGUCGGAGAUGGCAAAGCUUUGCUUACUGGCCCUCACCCCGAGUUCGCUGCGGCCAACUUGAAUCCUCAGCCAAGCGUCCCUGGGUAUGAUGAUUUGGUCACCAGACUAGCAGACGCCGACAAGGACCGGGCCGCUUUUCUCAAGGCAUGUCUCACAAAGCUCGGCCUUGAGGUCAGCCCUCACGACACAGGUGUUCCGUCACUCUCUCAUCUUCACCUCUCCUCCAUCACCGACACAGGCGUAUCGGAGCUACUGACUGACUGGAGCGACAUCAUCAACAAGGAGAACGGCGAAGAAUGGAUCCGAGCGGAAACAGACACCUUUCACAUCCAGAAUGAAGAUACAGUCUGGAGUCUCGAAGGGCUUCAGCAAUCUCUGACAGAGACAACGGAUUCCAACGUCUCUGAAAAUGGCAGCAUUGACUACAGCAAGAUCAUCAAGAAGAUAUUUCCUCACGAGAAGGGUCUUCCUCAUCCCAAGCUUACACCACAUUUCAACCAUGGUCUUUUCUUUUCAAGCCUGAAGCGUUAUCGGCAAAUUGAGCCAACUGCUCGAGCAUGGGGUGACUUGCUCAUGUAUGGCGAAGUUGUCACAAGUACAAAUACAAUGCUUGAGAAGAACCCUAAGCUCAUGCCGAAACUCCCAAGCGGCUUCACAGUCUCAGCUACAACCCAAGUUGCUGGUCGUGGUCGUGGCUCCAACGUCUGGAUUGCUCCUCCUGGAAUGCUCAUCUUCUCGACUGUAAUCAAUCAUGCAGCCCAUCUCGCUGUGACUCGUCCUGUAGUAUUUAUUCAGUAUAUCACGGCUAUUGCCAUGGUUGAGGCAGUGCAGUCUUAUGAUCGUGGCUACGAGAACAUUCCCAUCAAGUUAAAGUGGCCCAACGACAUUUAUGCCCUUGAUCCUACAAAGUCACAAGAGAAACCGCACUAUGUCAAAGUCGGUGGUAUUCUCUCGCAGUGUCUCUAUUUCGACGGUAACUACCAAAUCAUCCUCGGCGUAGGCCUCAAUACUAUCAACCCUCGCCCAACAAUCUCCAUAUCCGACCUCGUUCCCUCAGGGGCACCAGAACUUCACCUUGAAACCCUCCUAGCACGCGUUCUCACACGUAUCGAAGCCAUCUACGCUCAAUUCCUUCGAGAGGGGUUCUCAGCUGAUCUUGAAGCCCGUUACUACCGCCACUGGUUACACACAAGACAAGACGUCACUCUCGAGGCAGAAGGUGGUGUCAAGGCUCGUGUGGUGGGAAUUACGCGGGACUGGGGAAUGUUGAAGGUUGAAGAGACGGAUGCUAGAGGGAGGUCGACAGGGAAGAUAUGGGCAUUGCAAAGUGAUGAGAAUAGCUUUGAUUACUGGAAGGGCCUGGUCAGGAGGAAGAUGUGAGAAUACGCAUAUGGUAUCGAAGCGCUGGGAGUAGGCAGAUAUGCUUAGCCAAUACAAGUCAUAAAUAUCAUCCUCUGCUUGCUCACCAAUUAGAUCACACCAUCUUUGGAUUGUUAAUAAUCGAGGCUCGGG